UCUAGAUCUGUGCACGAUGAAGGGCACUAGUGGUUGGUGAUCGUAAAAACAAGUGCCUUCACCCUUCAUACAUUUAACCCAGGUAGCAAACUGGUUUUAUUGCUGUUUUUCUAAUUACUUUUGGCUAUUAAUUAGCUACGGAUGACUCGCCAAAAUAGGGACCGAAAACUGAACUCACAGACUUGUCGCUCGGUGAAGUUGUCUCCGGGAGCGCCCGCUAAGCAGGUUUGUUUACAUGGGGAAUCAGGAAGGGACUGCCUGCAAAUGCUAACGUGCCCGCUAGCUCCGUUGUGCAACGUUCGUUCAUCUGACAGUGUUGACCUUGCAGUGGUUAUGGAUGCAUUAGGGUCCUGAUUGAACACACACAUCAUGGCAACGGAGGCUGCAGUCUCCACCCCUGGUCGUCCUGCGAUCCCCAACCACACUCAGGGGGAUUAUCACUUUGUCCGCUCCUUCGUAGCUGGAGGUAUAGCUGGAUGCUGUGCCAAGUCCACCAUCGCUCCUCUGGACAGAGUGAAGAUCUUAUUGCAAGCCCACAGCCCCCACUACAAAGACCUGGGAGUGGUAGCCACUCUCCGUGCUGUGCCAAAGAAGGAGGGUUACCUUGGGCUGUAUAAAGGCAAUGGGGCUAUGAUGGUCAGGAUAUUCCCCUAUGGAGCCAUCCAGUUCAUGGCCUUUGACAAAUACAAGAAGAUACUCAGUAAACAGCUGGGCAUCUCUGGACACAUCCACAGGCUCAUGGCAGGUUCUAUGGCAGGGAUGACAGCUGUGAUAUGUACGUACCCUCUGGAUGUGAUCAGAGCCCGUCUGGCAUACCAGGUGAAAGGACACCAUCGCUACACAGGCAUCGGAAAUGCCUUCCAGACUAUAUACCUAAAGGAAGGAGGCAUCCCUGGCUUCUACAAGGGUCUGAUCCCAACCCUUAUAGGCAUGGCUCCAUACGCAGGGUUCUCAUUCUUUACCUUCGGCACGUUGAAGAGUCUGGGUCUGGCCCACUUCCCAGAGCUACUGGGGCGACCGUCCUCAGAUAACCCAGAGGUGAUGGUGCUGAAGACCCACGUCAACCUCCUCUGUGGAGGGGUAGCUGGAGCUAUCGCACAGACCAUUUCCUAUCCUUUGGAUGUUGCCAGGAGAAGGAUGCAGUUAGGAGUGGUGCUUCCUGACUCUGACAAAUGUCUUACCCUGACCAAGACUCUGAAGUAUGUGUACAGUCAGUAUGGGGUGAAGAAGGGUCUGUACAGAGGCCUGUCUCUCAACUACAUCCGCUGUGUGCCCUCUCAGGCUGUGGCCUUCACCACCUAUGAGUUCAUGAAGCAAACCCUCCACCUCAACUAGCUGCUCCCUCCCCAUCCACCUCCACCCUUCAUCUCUGCAUUGCUGGAUUGGGGCACGUUCACUAGGGCUAGACGUUCUGAAAUGUUUAGAAAGAUCCCUAGUAGCUGUCUAUCUCAAAACAGACUGACCGAGAGCGUUCGCUGGGGCUAUACAUUCUGAAAUGUUUAGGAACUUCCUUAAACUCCCUGCAUCUCAACACAACCUGACUGGGGAACUAUUAAUUGUAAAUUUUUCAAAACGUCUCUCAGUCCCAUGAAUAUUCCUUAUUAGAUGUGUUCAUUUACCCUAGUAAACUUUUUUUCUGUUUUAAGGAGGUCGGCUUCCGCUCUGAGGUAUUGAUCCCUACUACCAGAGGAGGCCAUUGUGGCUCAGCCACUGGAGCCAUGCUGAGCCCAGUCGCUCUUUGCCCCAGUCGGAAAGCAAAUGAAGGCACUGGGCCCCAUGGCAAUGCCUCAAAACAACUGCCAGUGCCAAUCCACAGCCCCUGUCUGUCUCAGCUCCUGCUUUUGUGACUCUCUCCACCUCUUAUAAUGUUGUUCUAAAACCGCCCAACCUGUGGCUUUGGACAACACCCCGGCAACUAUUGCCAUGGAUACCUAUGGACAAUGACUCACUCUGCUUCGAUGGGUGGCUAUGGGCAAUGAACCCCUAACGACUGUCGUUGGUAAUGCCAUAGCAACCCAAUUCUAUACACUGCCUCCCACCCUACCUAAGAAGUCACCCAGCCAAUAACAGAGGGGAAAGUCACACUGGACAAUCUGCCUUGACAAAAUCUGAGGUCUUAUGUUGCUCAUGUACCUACCUGACACUGUUGUGAGUACAAACCUAGACACAUAAAACAAUGAGACAAGGAUUUAAAUGUGUAAUAUGUCCGUUAUAGGACAACUCUCCUACAUUUUAUGAGAAUUAAGAACACUCUCCCCAAGCUUGUGUUGAACACAUAACUGUGCUUUUUGAGCAUCCUGAGUUUAGUAGAAUCCCAAUGAUAAAAUCCCAAAACAUCACAUCAGUUUGUUCAAAACUGAACAUCAAAUUGUAUUAUUUUGAUGAUCCCCAAAAAGUAUUAUUGUCAGACAUCGAAACAGGUUUGCCCCAUGCAGUUUAACAGAUAUAACAGGUGUGUAUCUGUAGGAGUGUUGUCUUUGGUAUUGAUGUGUGUGUGUUUGUCUCCAUUCAGGGUUUAGUGUAUAGUAAGUCUCUUCUAUACUGUGCAGGUUUGGGGUCCAAUGCCUUAUUGUAUACAAGCUGCUGUUUGUGUGUUGUGUUCUUAUCUACAAUGUCUCUGUGCACUCUUUUACCCAUAUAACCAACAGACCAAUAUAUCUAUCAUUGCAACAGACACAUAGGACACAUAGUGUCUAAAAUGCCAACCUAUUCCCUAUAUAGUGCACUAGUCAAACUCUGGCCAAAAGUAGUGCACUAUAUAGGGAAAAGGGUGUCAUUUUGGACAUAACCAUGGCUGCUAGUCAGUUUUUACUUUAACCAGGCCAGCUUGUCAUUGGCUACGACGUAACAAUGUAGGCUAACUUUGGGUACAAGGCAGUGGUGUAGCAUGCAGAAACAGUCAUGUUCUCAGGCUAAUGAUGGCGUGUACCUACCUGAAGAGGAUUUUGAAAUUAUAGAGAUUUCUGUUGAUGAGAGAGUCCAGCAGGGUUGCAAAAUUCAACUUUCCAAAAUGCCUUGCUUUUACAGAAAUCCCGGUUGGAAGAUUGGAAUGGAAAACUUUGGAAUUUUGGGAAAGUUACCUACCUGAAUUUUGUAUCCCUAAAGUCCAGUUUUGACAUUGUUCCUGUGAGAUGACAAUGAACUGAUGUAGGCUAUGGACUGACAGUGGUGGUUUUAACAUAUGUUGUAUUUUCUUUACCGCUUGCCUACAUUUCCCUGUGUUCAGGUGUGUCGCAGGGUGUAGAAAGCCUUUUAGUCAGCUACUGAUCAAGGUCUAGACAUUAGUAUUAAAAGAGAUGCUAUAUAAUGUAUCCUAUGUAAGAGUUGCUAUAUAAUUUAAGCACCCAAAUGGAAACCUGAGUUAAGUACUUCAGAAGAAAAAAUCUUGCACUUUGGAGGCUUUGGCUUUGUUGUGUUUAUUUAUGAAUGUGUAGUGUGACUGUGUGGCCACAAGGUGUAAGCAAUUAGUCCGUAAAAAGUUGACCUACAACAACCAUAUGUAGCAUGCCCUGCAUGUAACUGGACAUACAUUACCAUGCUGAGGCCUUCAUACCCACUACUACAGAGAUGUAUGUAAUCUGAUCUGGCCAUGUAUCAUCAUGAUGACUUUGGAUAUGUGAUUUUCCUGUUGGUUUGAAUGUACAUUGUGCAGUAUCUGUGUUCUGUACCCGUAUUUAUGAAUAAGAAGGGGACGUGAUGCCAUAUUAGUACUAGUGAUUUAUGACAAUAUGCCCUGUUCUUCUCUUGUUUUGCAAAAUGAUGUAAGGAAGUAGGAAGUCAUAAGAAUCAUAAUGCACAUCUCA